GAGGGACGAGGGCGCCGCGCCGCAGAGGGCCAGCCCGGCGGCGCGGGCUGCGGGCACAUGCCGGGCUCGGAGCAUCGGAGCCGGCGGGUUCCCUGCGGGCGGCUCAGCCCCGCUCCCAGCCCUGCCCCUGCAACAGCGCCCGCGGGGCUCCUGCAGAGAGAAGAGCUCACCUACCGCUCCCUUCCCUGAGUGCGAUAAUCCGACAGCAAGCAAACCUGGUAGCAAGCAGUAUUCAACCUGUGGAUCUGGUAUCUUAGAUGUGUCCUGAGCCAGUUGUUUUGGAACCUGGUGUUGCAUGCACAGAACCAGGAAACUCUCAGUGGUCUACAUCAUGGGGGAUGUGAAACUGGUGACAUCUACUCGAGUCUCCAAAACCUCCCUGACACUCAGCCCGCCUGUCCCUGCUGAAGCACCAGCAUUUACUCUUCCUCCUCGGAAUAUCCGAGUGCAGCUGGGAGCUACCGCAAGAUUUGAGGGGAAGGUCAGAGGCUACCCCGAACCUCAGAUCACGUGGUACAGAAAUGGGCAUCCUGUCCCAGAGGGAGACCAUUAUGUCAUGGACCGCAGCAUUCGGGGGAUAUUCAGCUUGAUAAUCAAAGGUGUACAGGAAGGUGAUGGUGGUAAAUACACCUGCGAGGCUGCAAAUGAUGGUGGGGUUCGUCAAGUGACCGUGGAACUGACAGUGGAAGGAAACUCCUUGAAGAAAUACAGCCUGCCAUCCAGUGCCAAAACCCCUGGGGGAAGACUUACUGUUCCUUCUGUGGAGCAUAGACCAAGCAUCUGGGGAGAGAGUCCACCCAAGUUUGCUACAAAACCCAAUAGAGUUGUUGUACGUGAAGGCCAAACUGGCAAAUUCUCAUGUAAAAUAACAGGACGACCUCAGCCUCAAGUAACUUGGUUUAAGGGUGAUAUUCAGUUGCAACCAAAUGAGCGUUUCAACAUGUUUGAGAAAACAGGCAUCCAGUUCUUGGAAAUCCAAAAUGCUCAGCUUGCUGAUUCAGGAAUUUACACAUGCACAGUGGUAAACAGCGCUGGGAAGGCAUCUGUGUCCGCAGAGCUCACCGUUCAAGGGUGCCCUUUGCAUCAGCUUCAAAACCAUACAGCCUUCAGCAACCACACUAAAGAGGAAUUUCGUCAGUCAGUGGGUCCAGAUAAGACUGACACAUAUGCUCAGCCACCAUGCAUGCCAUCAAAACCAGCAACACUUGCUGUUAAAGCUGUUGAAAAUUCAGAAUUCAAACAGGCAACUAGCAAUGGGAUUGCUAAAGAGCUAAAAUCCAGCAGUACUGAACUCAUGGUUGAAACCAAAGACAGGCUGUCAGCAAAGAAAGAGACCUCUUACAUCACCAGAGAACCCAAAGACAGUAAGCAGGGACAGCACCAAGAAGCCAAUGCAGUGUCUCCUCAAGAACCUAAAGAAGUGAAAAAGGGAUCUCAGGUCUUGCAGAAAACUUCAAGCACCAUCACACUACAAGCUGUCAAACUGCAACCAGAACCAAAGGCAGAACCCCAGACCACUUUCAUCAGACAGGGUGAAGACAGGAAAAGGACUGUGCAGCCCCUGAUGUCAGCUCAACAAGCCCCAUCUCUGAUAGGGCAAGUUAGUCCAAGGAGUAGAGAAGCAGAAAACAGAUCCGGAGUCCGGAAGGCUCUAAUGGAGGAGAAGAGGGAGCCUCUGGGAAUUCCCCCUCAGUUUGAGAGCCGUCCACAGAGCCUGGAAGCAUCAGAAGGCCAGGAGAUUAAAUUCAAGAGCAAAGUUUCAGGGAAACCAAAACCAGGUGUGGAGUGGUUCAAAGAGGGUGAACCUAUUAAAUCUGGAGAAGAUGUCCAAAUAUAUGAAGAAGAUGGAAUUCAUUGCCUAUGGUUAAAGAAAGCCUGCUUGGGGGACAGUGGAUCUUACAGCUGUGCAGCUUUCAACCCCAAAGGCAAGACUUCCACCAGCUGGUUGUUAACUGUCAGAAGGCCUAAAGUUCAAGAGGUUGCUCCGUGCUUUUCCAGUGUCCUGAAAGGAUGCACUGUGAGCGAAGGGCAAGACUUUGUGCUGCAGUGCUGUGUAGGAGGCGUACCUGUGCCUCAGAUCACAUGGCUCCUCAAUGACCAUCCAAUUCAGUAUGCCCAUUCCACUUUUGAAGAUGGAGUUGCAAAAUUGACCGUCCAAGAUGCCCUACCAGAAGAUGAUGGCAUUUAUACCUGUCUGGCUGAAAACAAUACGGGACAGGCAUCUUGCAGUGCUCAGGUCACAGUCAAAGAAAAGAAGAGCAGCAAGAAAGCAGAAAGUGCACAGGCUGCCAAGUUAAACAAGACAUUUGCACCCAUCUUCCUUAAAGGCCUGACUGACCUCAAAGUAAUGGAUGGAAGUCAGGUGAUAAUGACUGUGGAGGUAUCAGCAAACCCACCUCCUGAAAUUAUCUGGCUGCACAAUGGGAAAGAAAUCCAGGAGACAGAAGAUUUCCACUUUGAGAAGAAAGGCAAUGAGUACAGUCUGUACAUCCAGGAAGUAUUUCCUGAAGACACAGGCAAAUAUACCUGUGAAGCCUGGAAUGAAUUAGGAGAAACUCAAACUCAGGCUACAUUGACAGUACAAGAACCUCAGGAUGGUAUUCAGCCCUGGUUCAUUAGCAAACCAAGAUCAGUGACGGCAGCUCCUGGGCAAAAUGUCCUUAUAUCCUGUGCCAUUGCUGGAGAUCCUUUUCCCACUGUUCACUGGUUUAAAGAUGGGCAAGAAAUAAUGCCAGGAACAGCAUGUGAAAUCCUGCAAAACGAAGACAUCUUCACACUAAUCUUGAGGAAUGUGCAAUCUCGUCAUGCAGGGCAAUAUGAAAUUCAGCUCAGAAACCAAGUUGGAGAAUGCAGCUGCCAGGUGUCUCUGAUGCUGCGGGAGAGUUCAGCUUCCAGAGCAGAAAUGCUCAGAGAUGGGAGGGAAUCAGCCAGCUCUGGAGAGCGAAGAGAUGGUGGAGAUCAUGGUAAACUAACAUUUGGUAGAACAAGUGGCUUCAAAAAGAACAGCAGUGAAACCAGAGCAGCUGAGGAAGAGCAGGAAGACGUCCGAGGUGUGCUGAAGAGGCGAGUGGAAACUCGGGAACACACAGAGGAGAGCCUGAGGCAGCAGGAAGCUGAGCAACUUGAUUUCCGUGACAUUUUAGGCAAGAAAGUCAGCACCAAAAGUUUUUCUGAGGAGGAACUGAAAGAAAUCCCAGCCGAGCAAAUGGACUUCCGAGCAAACCUGCAGCGGCAGGUCAAACCCAAGACCUUGUCAGAGGAGGAGAGGAAAGUUCAUGCUCCUCAGCAGGUGGACUUCCGCUCAGUACUGGCCAAGAAAGGCACCCCAAAAACCCCCGUGCCAGAGAAGGUGCCACCUCCUAAACCAGCCAUUACAGAUUUCAGAUCUGUGCUGGGCUCAAAGAAAAAGCCACCUGCAGAGAAUGGCAGUGCUAACACCCCAGCACCAAAUGCCCGCACCAAUUCUGAAGCCCAGAAUGUGACCCCCAAUUCUCAAGCCCCUGUUGCCAAACCAGCAGUCAAAAAAGAAGAGAAGAAUGACAGAAACUGUGAGCAUGGGUGCGCAGUGGUAGAUGGCGGAAUAAUUGGGAAAAAGGCUGAAAACAAAGUAGCAGCAAGCAAACCACCAGCAAGCAAAGGAACAGCACCUUCCUUUACAGAAAAGCUUCAGGAUGCUCAAGUAGUAGACGGUGAAAAAUUGGUCUUACAAUGUCGGAUUUCCUCUGACCCCCCUGCAGCUGUCACCUGGACUCUAGACAGCAAAACCAUCAAAUCAUCAAAGUCCAUUGUCAUCUCCCAAGAAGGGACACUGUGUUCACUUACCAUUGAGAAGGCCAUGCCUGAAGAUGGAGGCGAAUACAAAUGCAUAGCUGAGAAUGCAGCAGGGAAAGCUGAAUGUGCUUGCAAAGUGGUGGUAGAAGAUGCCUCAUCCACAAAGACCUCAAAGCCUACUGAGAAGAAGACCAAGAAGCCUAAGACCACACUUCCCCCUGUACUGCCAACAGAGAGUGAAGCAACAGUGAAGAAGAAACCAGCUCCAAAGACUCCUCCAAAAGCAGCUGCUCCUCCUCAAAUUACUCAGUUCCCAGAAGACAGAAAAGUCCGUGCGGGUGAAUCAGUGGAAUUGUUUGCCAAGGUGGUAGGAACAGCACCCAUAACUUGCACCUGGAUGAAAUUCCGUAAGCAGAUUGAAGAAAAUGAAUAUAUUAAAAUUGAGAAUGCUGAAAACAGCAGCAAGCUAACAAUAUCAUCAACAAAGCAGGAACACUGUGGAUGUUACACCCUAGUCGUAGAGAACAAACUUGGGAGCAGGCAAGCACAAGUCAACCUUACAGUUGUUGAUAAACCAGACCCACCUGCUGGAACACCUUGCGCAUCAGACAUACGGAGUUCCUCCCUCACUCUCUCAUGGUAUGGCUCCUCUUAUGAUGGUGGAAGCGCGGUGCAGUCCUACACUGUGGAGAUCUGGAACUCAGCGGAUAACAAAUGGACAGAUCUCACUACCUGCCGCAGCACCUCUUUCAAUGUGCAGGACCUGCAGGCUGACCGGGAGUACAAAUUCCGUGUGCGAGCUGCUAACGUGUAUGGCAUCAGCGAGCCCAGUCAAGAGUCUGAGCUGGUAAAAGUUGGAGAGAAACAAGAAGAACCUAAAGAGGAUGAAGUGGAGCUAUCUGAUGAUGAAGGGAAAGAAACAGAGGCCAACUAUCGGACGGUUACUAUCAACACUGAACAAAAAGUUUCAGAUGUCUAUAAUAUUGAAGAAAGACUGGGAUCGGGGAAAUUUGGACAAGUCUUUAGGCUUGUUGAAAAGAAGACUGGAAAAGUUUGGGCAGGAAAAUUUUUCAAAGCAUAUUCUGCUAAGGAGAAAGAAAAUAUAAGGGAUGAAAUCAGCAUCAUGAACUGUCUACAUCAUCCAAAACUUGUCCAAUGUGUAGAUGCCUUUGAAGAAAAAGCCAACAUCGUUAUGGUCUUGGAAAUGGUUUCUGGAGGAGAACUCUUUGAACGAAUCAUUGAUGAAGACUUUGAACUGACAGAGAGAGAGUGUAUUAAAUAUAUGAAGCAGAUUUCAGAAGGAGUUCAGUACAUCCAUAAGCAGGGUAUUGUCCACUUGGAUUUGAAGCCAGAAAAUAUUAUGUGUGUCAACAAGACCGGUACAAGUAUCAAACUCAUUGACUUUGGACUUGCACGAAGAUUAGAAAAUGCAGGUUCUCUGAAAGUUCUCUUUGGGACACCUGAGUUUGUGGCUCCAGAAGUUAUAAACUAUGAACCUAUUGGAUAUGAAACAGAUAUGUGGAGUAUAGGUGUUAUCUGCUACAUUUUGGUCAGCGGACUUUCUCCUUUCAUGGGAGACAAUGACAAUGAAACCCUAGCCAAUGUUACCUCAGCAACAUGGGACUUCGAUGAUGAGGCUUUUGAUGAAAUCUCUGAUGAUGCCAAGGACUUUAUCAGCAAUCUACUAAAGAAAGAUAUGAAGAGUCGCUUAAAUUGUACUCAAUGUCUUCAGCAUCCUUGGCUGCAAAAAGACACCAAAACCAUGGAAGCCAAAAAACUUUCCAAAGAUAGGAUGAAGAAAUAUAUGGCCAGAAGAAAAUGGCAGAAAACAGGCCAUGCUGUCCGAGCAAUAGGAAGACUGUCGUCCAUGGCAAUGAUUUCUGGUAUGAGUGGGAGGAAGGCCUCUGGGAGCUCGCCUACCAGCCCUAUAAAUGCAGACAAAGUAGAGAAUGAAGAUGCUUUCCUUGAAGAAGUGGCUGAAGAAAAGCCCCAUGUAAAGCCAUAUUUUACUAAAACAAUCCUUGACAUAGAGGUUGUGGAAGGAAGUGCUGCUAGAUUUGACUGCAAAAUUGAAGGCUAUCCUGACCCUGAGGUAAUGUGGUACAAAGAUGAUCAGCCUGUCAAGGAGUCCCGUCACUUCCAGAUAGAUUAUGAUGAGGAUGGGAACUGUUCUUUGACUAUUUCUGAAGUAUGUGGGGACGAUGAUGCCAAAUACACCUGCAAAGCUGUUAACAGCCUUGGGGAAGCUACGUGCACCGCAGAACUCCUUGUGGAAACAAUGGGAAAAGAAGGAGAAGAUGAAGAUGAGGAGGAAGAAGAAUGAAAGAAGGCUCAAAGGAAAAAAAAAAAAUAUUUAAAGACUCUCCUUAUAAGGCUCAGAAAACCAAGUUAUCAAAAGCACCUUGUGUGAUACAUAGGUCUUCAGGGGGUUGGUUUUUCAGCAUGAUCAGUUGAUACCUGUUUGCUUUAUUUGUGGGCAUUAAUUCAAAUCAGCAGGCAAUUUUAAGUUGCUAGCAUGAUUGGAUUUACUUUAAACAAGUCAUUAACUAAGUUGCCCAGUCUAUUUUUAAAGUCAAAUAUAUGGAAAACAAGUCUACAGUUUUAUAUUCUGAAUGUCUUAAGGAAAACCAGUCUAUUUAUUGAGCUCAUUGCUCUGUACCAUCACUUUCCUCAGCCAAAACUGCAGCUAAGUUAGGUCCCCAAGAUCUACAAGGAAUUGUUUGCCAGACACACAGUGAGUAUCUCCAGUCCUAAGAAACAGGCUGCUCCCUGAGCAGUAUCUUCUAUAAGGGAAGGUCUGAUACAGUCAGCAUUCCAAUUUGCAUGUUGGUAUUUUUCAUUUGUUUUAAACAGAAUUUCACAGUCCUAACUUCAAACACGUCUAGUGCCCGUUCUCAGUGUGCUGUUAGUGCCACUGUAAUGCUGGCUAAAGUUAAACAUCCAGGUUGUUUCCCCAGACACUUCUGAUAUUGCUUCUAACCAGCUGAUCACACCUUGUCACCUUUCCCUUAUAGAACCUGUCACUUCAGUGCAGUUACAGCUGCCUACUUAAGAAAAAGACUGAAAACACAAAGGCUGAGAAUAGUUACUGUUGUUCUGGUCAGUCUAAUAAUGACCUAUGAUUCAUAUACAUGCUGCUGUGAAAAAUCAGGUUAUUGCACAGUGACUUCUAUGUGCAUGUGUGUGAAUGGAAUCCCAGGUUAGUUAAAGUUUUACCUGCAUCUAUUUGGCAACUGCAAAACAGAUUUCAACUGAUGAUAAGCUGGAAACUCCCACAGAAUUUUGGAGUAGCAAAAAGAUAGUAGCCUGGAUUACAAAUUCCUUUAUACUUAGCAGUUUCCAAAGAAUCUUAACCUAUAUAGGACCUAUUUCUACCUUAUGAGCUUUACUGUCUUGUUUUUGUCUUGAACCUGCACCAGUAAGGCUGGUUUGUU